CAGUCUUGGGCUUUCCUAUUGACACAAAGGGACCUGAUCACUCUUAAGAAAGCUCAGCCUGAGGAGCUUGCGUCCAGCCCGCGAGUGCACCCCUCGCUUCGCCGCCGCCGGUGCGCACCGCCAGCAGCUGGCCAUGGGUGACGACGCAGCUGCUCCCGUUGCAGACAAUGGCUGUGGCAUGUGCAAGGCUGGCUUCGCGGGAGAUGACGCCGGCUCCCCCCGCGCCGUCUUCCCCUCCAUCGUGGGGCUCCUGGGGCAUCAGGGCGUCGUGGUAGGCAUGGAUCAGAAGGACUCCUACGCUGGAGAUGAAGCUCAGAGCAAGAGAGGUAUCCCGUUUCUGAAGUACCCCAUUGAGCACGGCACCGUCACCAGCUGGGGCGACAUGGAGACGAUCUGGUACCACACCUUCUACAAUGAGUUGCGUGUGGCCCCCGAGGAGCACCCCGUGCUGCUGACCGAGGCUCCCCUGAACCCCAAGGCUAACCGUGAGGAGAUGACCCAGAUCGUGUUCGAGACCUUCAACACCCCAGCCAGGUAUGUGGCCAUCCAGGCUGUGCCGUCCCUGUACUCCUCUGGCUGUACCACUGGCAUCGUGAUGGGCUCCGGUGAUGGGGUCACCCACGCUGUGCCCAUCUACGCCGUCCUGCGUCUGGACCUGGCUCGCCCAGACCUGCCGGACUACCUCAUGAAGAUCCUGAUGGAGCGUGGCUACAGUUUUACCACCACGGCUGAGCGGGGAAUCGUGCGUGACAUCAAGAAAAAGCUGUGCUGCGUUGCCCCGGAGAUGGCCACCGCCCCAUCCUCCUCCUCCUUCCUGGAGAAGAGCUACCCGCUGCCGGAUGGCCAGGUGAUCAUCAUUAGCAACAAGCGUUUCCGCUGCUCAGAGGCUCUGAUCAUGGCCCUGGCACCCAGCACGAUGAAGAUCAAGAUCAUUGCUCCCCCUGAGCGCAAGUACUCCGUGUGGAUCGGCAGCUACAUCCUGGUCUCGCUCUCCAUCUUCCAGCAGACGUGGAUCAGCAAGCAGGAGUAGGAGGAGUCCAGCCCCUCCAUCGUGCACGGCAAAUGCUUCUAGGAGGACUGUUACUUCGCUGCGUUUCACCCCUUUUUGACAAAAACCUAACUUGCGAGCAGAAAACCAGAUGAGAUUGGCGUGGUUUUAUUUGUUUUUUCUUUUUUGUUUUGUUUUUUGUUUUGGUGCUUUUGACUAGGGAUUUAAAAACUGGAAACUUGAAGGGGACAACAGUCGGUUGGAGUGAGCAUCCCCGAAGUUCUACAAUGUGGCCACGGACUUUGAUUGUACACUGUUUUCUUUUUUUGUAAUCAUGCCAAAUAUCGUGAGAUGCAUUGUUACAGGAAGUCCCUCACCUUCCCAAAAGCUGCCCCGCUCCUCUGCACAGAGGAGGGAUCAGGCCUCCUGAGUCCAUGCAGGGGAGGUGACAGCACUGCUUUGGUG